UUCAAAUCCGAUAACUAUUUCGAAGGUUUACUUAUUAUUCACAAAUAAAAUCCAAAUAUCGUGAAAUAUUCUGAUGAUACAUUGAUGGCUUCAAUCGAUAUACCAUUUCUUCAUGGAUCUAAAGAUCGUAAUGUAUAUGCUAAUCCGGAUAUUUAUACUAGUGCUGGAGUUGUUGCCACCACGUAUUCACGAUUUAAAACAAGCUUUUGGAUCGAUAGGAUUUUACUCAUUUUGACUGUAUGUAUCCCUGUCAUUCAAGCGUUAGUUCUCUUAUUAUUGCAUGCUCUUCUAGGCGUUACUCGUUGUCUUCCAGAUACAAAAGAAAAUAAAAUUGAUUAUUACACAAUUACAAAUACAUUUAUAGAUCGUGCAUGUGGUUUACAGCUGACUACGGAAGUACUGCAAGGAACAGUUAAACCAUUACCACAUUCUUUUAAAUCUUCAAGUCAAAUUCAUUCUGGAUCAGAAGUAACGAAUAAAGAAAUUAGUACUAUUCGUCUACAGCAUGAAUGUUAUCCAUUUGUUUUAAUUAUAUAUGCAAUAGCAAUGUGGAUACCUCAUUACUUAUAUCAUCGCUCUACAGAUCGAACUGCUAGACGUGAUUUAUGCUUAGUACGUGCUGAAUUACAUAGUUUUAGAAGAGCUGUUACACAAGAACUUGCUUAUUUACAAACACUUGCAACCGCAUCAACUGAUGUUGGUGCACCAACUGGAACUUUUCUAUCACCUACAUCAACUAUUCCAACAGGUCCUAUAAUACAUCAAAAUGGUUUAUAUUAUCCUCAGACUGGAAUGGGAUAUGGUGUACAAAAUGAUGGAACUAGUGGACGUACAACUGCUGCAACAUUUGGUGGUGGAUCAGCUCUAUCACAAACAACUGCACCAACUGUAAUUCAUGCACAACAACAAUCUACAACAAUCGGUACAAUUAGAGGUGGUGGUAUUAUUGAUAGUCCAACACUUUCACCAGCUAUACCAAUAAGUUUUGGUGAUGCUGAUUUAUCAGCUCCAGGUUUAUUAGAUUUACCAUGUUUUCAUGCAUGUCAUGCAGAUUGGUCAUUAAAUACUUAUUUAGCUGCAUGGCAAAAUACUGAUUUCUAUUGGUCAAGAUAUAUAACUAAACAUAUAGUUUUAUUAGUAUUUCAUGGAUGUACUAUUUUAUUCACGUUUAUUAUUAUUAGUAUUUAUAAAGGUACACCAUUUGCACCAUUAUUUAUAUGUCAAAUUAAUGAUUAUCAAUUAUCGAAUAAAUUAUUUAUUUGUAUGUUACAGACAACGUUUAUUGUAAAUAUGUCUAUAUUAAGUAUAGGUUUUUUAAAUUUAACUGGAUUAAUAUUACAAAUUAUAUAUUUCUAUGAAAAUUUUAUACAUAUAUUUUGGUUAUUUAAUAAUAGUGGAAAUUAUAUGGGUGUUACAACACAACCAAAUAUUUUUUUAACUGGUGUUGAUGAAACUCGACGAUGUUUUUUUGCUGAUUAUAUUCGUUUAUUAGCAUAUACAGCAUUUAAAGAUACACAUUGUGAAAUACGUACAUUAACUGUUAGUUAUUCUCCAUAUUUAUAUUAUUCAGAUUUUCAUUUUCUUUCAUUAUUAUGUAAUGAAAAUGCUCAUUUAUUAUCAGAUUCUAUACAUAUACAUUAUUGGACUGAACGUUAUGCACGUUUAUGUUGUAAACGUUUUCAUCGACCAUAUUGGGCUAUAAGACGUGGUAGUUUGGGACAUUUAGUACGUUGUGAAGAUUUGUCAAUGAAAUUUAAUUUUAGUAAAAUUAAAAUUCGAGUUGAAGUUAAUGAUUUUGGUUUUUGAAAAUGAAUAUUCUUUUUUUUAAAAAAAGAAAAUAUACUAGAAUUAUAUUGUUUCUUCUAAUUUACUUUUCUUUUUCUAAAGAAAAUAUAAUAAAUUAUCAUCGCACAAGCAUACAGGGAGUCAAAAUUAAAAAAAAAACAAUAACAACUUUAUUUUAUUUCAUUUCUUUAAGAUUUCCAAAAGUGGUUUAAUGAAAUUAUAACAAUGUUACUUAUUAUAUACAUAUUAGUAAUAUAUUGUAUUGCUUCGCAUUUUUUUUUGAAUAAUAAAAAGUACAGUAUUAAUUUCGCACAUGUAAUCAUGAUACGCAUUCGCUUCAUGUAUAUUGAUUGUUGUUGUUGUUUUUUCUUCGAACAUUGAACACUUUGUUUAAUGUUUUAUAUAGAACUCAGGAAAUUUCAAUUUUCUAUACAAUCAUGUAUGCUCAUAAUACAUACAUGUAUAGAUAUACAUUUAUCAGCUGCAUUCAUUUGCUUAUUUUUUCGCUUAUUUUAUACAACUUUUUUUGUUUGUUGUUGUUUUAUUUGAUAUUACUGGGGGUUUUUGUUUGUUCGUUUGUUUGCUUAUAUAUUUUCAUAUCCAAACAACAUGAAAAAUGGAAUUAGGAAUUUUCUAUUAAUCUUGUUGUUUGAUUAAAGUCGAACAAUAAUAACGGUAACAAUCACAAUAAAAAUUGAUUUACUAACUGUUUUUCUUAAAUUAUUUGAUGAAUUGAAUCUUUAUUCUGAAAGAGACGUAUG